AACAGUCCUUGGUGAGGCUUCCAAGCUCCGAGCUCACCACCAGCCUGCCCGUGGUCACCAUGUGGUUCCUGGUUCUGUGCCUUGCCCUGUCCCUGGCAGGGACUGGAGCCGUGCCCCCCAUCCAGUCCCGGAUCAUAGGAGGCUGGGACUGUGAGCGGAAUUCCCAACCCUGGCAGGCAGCUCUGUACCAUUACAGCAAGUUCCAGUGUGGGGGUGUCCUGGUGAACCCACAGUGGGUGCUCACAGCUGCCCACUGCAUAAACGACAAUUACCAGCUCUGGCUGGGUCGCCACAACCUGUUCGAGCAUGAAGACACAGCCCAGUUUGUCCAGGUCAGUCAUAGCUUCCCACACCCUGAAUUCAAGCUGAACCUCCUAAAGAACCAUACCCAGCUCCCCGGAGAGGACUAUAGCCAUGACCUCAUGCUGCUGCGCCUGGCAGAGCCCGCCCAGAUUACAGAUGCUGUGAGGGUCCUGGACCUGCCCACCCAGGAACCCCAGCUGGGGAGCACCUGCUAUGCCUCUGGCUGGGGCAGCAUUGAACCAGAUAAGUUCACAUACCCAGACGAUCUCCAGUGUGUGGACCUCAAACUCCUGUCCAAUGAUGUGUGUGCCAAAGCCCACUCCCAGAAGGUGACAGAGUUCAUGCUGUGUGCUGGACACUUGGAGGGCGGCAAGGACACCUGUGCGGGUGACUCGGGGGGUCCACUGAUCUGCGAUGGUGUGCUUCAAGGAAUCACAUCCUGGGGCCACAUCCCAUGUGGCAGCCCCAAUAUGCCCGCGGUCUACACCAAAGUGAUCUCGCACCUGGAGUGGAUCAAGGAGACCAUGACAGCCAAUUCCUGAAUGCCCCCACCAUGUUCUCUACCCCAGUAAAAUCGAAUACGCAUCAAAUUCGCAUCA